UGACGCCCCCUCUUCUUCUCUUCCCCGUCCCGUUUCCUCUCCCCCCAUCUCGCUCGCUCUUCCUGAUCAAUCCCCACCCCACCCGACGAGGCCUUGAUGGACAUGGAGAUGGAGCUGCCGUCGUCGGUGCACGCGGACGCCGCGCGCACCCGCUUCCGCGACUACCUGCUCGCGCUCGAGGAGGAGCGCCGCAAGAUCCACGUCUUCCAGCGCGAGCUCCCGCUAUGCCUCGACCUCGUCACCCAGACAAUCGAGGGGAUGAGGAGCCAAAUGGACUGCGUCGUCGCAAGCGAGGAGACGGUGACCGACCACGGGCCCGUCCUCGAGGAGUUCAUCCCGCUCAAGCCCAGCCUCUCCCUCUGCUCCUCCGACGAGGAGGAGAGCACCCACGCCGCGCGCGCGCCGCCGGUCGAGAACGUCGCCAAGAAAGAUGAGGCCGACACGCGCCCACCAACGCCGGAGACAAAGAGGCCCAUGCCGGACUGGCUCCAGUCCGUGCAGCUCUGGAGCCAGCAGCCCCAGCAGUCAUCUAUUAACAAGGAGAUGCCAUGCAAGCCGGUGGCCCUGAACGCCACCAAGACCGGGGGAGCCUUCCACCCGUUCGAGAAGAGCAAGCGCGCCGAGCCCGAGGUGCCGGCGUCGUCAACCACGGCACCGGCGAUCUCCGCGGUGGUCGGAGACAGCGGGGACAAGCCCAACAGCGACGACAGCGACGAGAAGGAGGAGGACCGUAAGGACGUCAAAGACGACGCGGAGGAGAAAGACAAGGACAAAGAGGGGCAGUCGCAGCACAACCGGAAGCCGCGACGGUGCUGGGCGCCGGAGCUCCACCGCAAGUUCCUGCACGCGCUGCAGCAGCUCGGCGGGCCCCACGUGGCGACGCCGAAGCAGAUCCGGGAGCUGAUGAAGGUCGACGGCCUCACCAACGACGAGGUCAAGAGCCAUUUGCAGAAGUACCGUCUGCACACGUCAAGGAGGCCGACCUCCACGGCCCAGAGCGGCGGCACCGCCGCAGCACAGCCCCCUCAGCAGUUCGUCGUGGUGGGCAGCUGCAUCUGGGUUCCCCAACAGGAGUAUGCCGCCGCGGCAGCCGCAGCGGCGGCGGCACAGCCGCAGAUGAAGCCCACCAACGUUGCGUCGGGAACCCCGACCCAGGUAUAUGCUCCUGUGGCGACACUGCCGUCAGGCUUGCAGCCGCACUCCGAAAAGCAGACGGAGGACCGGAGAAGCGGCAGCACGGACGAGGAUAGUUCCGACUCCCCGGCUGCAUCGUCGUCGUCCCAAACAACCUCUGCUUAACCUCGCCACCUUGUAAUCUUAGCGUAGACCCAUUUGAUAGGGACAUGUGUAUACGGUAUACGUGUGAGACGAUGGUCGAUCGGAUAUCUUUGAGUAGUUUCUUGGAGCUAUCUAGCUAUAGCAUAUAGCUUAAUUGCUUCGUGCGUGAUCCAUUUUGUUACGAUGGCACUGCGAUUUGCACGCCAUGUCUCUGUUUUGUGAGUAAGACAAUAUAAUAAGACACAUUUGUGAAUCGAAAUA